CUCCAGCACACUCCCUCCGAAGAGAUAACCCUUCCUGGUCGUUUCUCUUUAUAAUACUGUAAUCAUUAACAUUCUGCACUUAGGAACAAGUCUCAAGGACGAUACUCAUGCUACUAAGGAAUCACAGACUAGUUGGGAAAAGCUGAGGAGAAGCACAAAUCAUCCUGAGUAGAAUGCAAAGGAGACAAUGGAGUACACCGCAUUGCUUAAACUUCUCUGGCUUUUAAAUGCAUUUACUCUUACAACACAAGAGUUGGUGAAACUUAAUGUGAGUCCAAAGAUUACUGCGAAGUGCGGCAAACAGGUUACUCUAAACUGCGACGUGUCCUCAUCUCUAAAUGGACUAUCAAUCAAACACAUGGCGUGGAUCCAAAACCAAACUUCUCUCUGUUCAGUGGACGAGGAAGGAAAAAUCAAACCCCACAGCCGAAGUGACUUCCGUUGUGACUACAAACAUGGACAACUGUCCCUCAUCUUUAAAAGAGUGCUGCCACUGGAGAGCGGAAACUCAAAGCCUUACAUCUGCAAACUACAAUCCAACCGUGGAGCUUCCAAUGCAAAAUUAAUCGUGGAGGUACAAGAGUGUUGUUGGUCCGUUGAGGGUGUUUGGAAUGAGGGCCAUCCCACCUGCACCUUCAGACAUGUCUACCCGGACGGAGAUGUGCACUGGUUUCACGGCUCCCACAAUCUCUCAGAUGGCUCUGUGAAGCAACACACUACGAAACAGGUGGACAACGGUUGGCUGACUAUCCAUAGUUACCUGGAGCACAGUCUUUCAGGUGUUCCCUACAACUGUUCCUUGAAGAGCACAGCAUCUGGUAGAUACAUUGCUAGUUCUUUGGUUGAGAAUCCUGACCUGCAUGCGAAGAGAGUCAGAGCACAGGUUCAUACAACUCGAGCCAGGAAUGGAGUUGGAUCACAGCGACCUAUGUGGACAUUUUUCUUUGUUUCAAUUGCACUUGCUCUCACACUGAAUUAAUGGAUUUGCCAAAGUAAAUCCACAUAAUGGAGUUGGGUAAGAUAUCAGGGGUAAAGUGAUUAACAUUGAUUAGUAACAAAGAGGUACUAAAAUGUGUGCAUUUCUAAAAAUCCAGGAUAUAAGCGUUCUAAGAUGGUCCAAAGAUAUAUGGUUCUACUUUUCAGCUCUUCAAAAAAUACCUUUGUUGUUUUGUUUUGAGUCACGCAUGAGUGAGCAGCAGAUACUGGUUUCAUCACACACACUCACACAUAACUUCAGAUGUUUAAAAAGUCCUUCUGGCAACUACUUAAAUUCAGCCAGAAGAUAUACACCCUAUGGCCACGGAUUAGAAUGUAUUUAUUUCUGAGAGAGUGAGAUGAAAAUGUCAGUUGAAAUCUCGGCUGCCCACCAUGUCUCAACGGGAUGAUUGUCCAUCUACGGCUGCUGUGGGAAUGCAAACUUUCUGCAAGAGAAAAAAAA